AUGAAGCCUCGGGUUCUUUCCAGGGCUGUAUACUUACUCCCUGCCCUUCUUUCUCUUGUUAAUGCUGCCCCUGCCCGUAGGGAUACCAGCUCUGGCAGCAACCCUGGCUUGCGAGGCUCCGAAGCACUUGUUGGAUACUCUGCCACUGAGCAAGUAGCAAGUGGAUCAAAGCCUGACAUCAAGUACACUCUUCUUCCGGGGCAGAAAGAGGACCCGAAGAUUGGCUCUUAUCUGGAUUUUGAGAACGUUGAGAACCCUCAGCCUAUCCGAGGAACCACUGGCUCGGACGAUCCUGGUCCCCGAAACUAUUACUAUGAUCGCAUCAAUAGAGAUAAGCUAGCACCACCAGGUACUGAUCACGGGGCGACGAUUAACGCACAGUGGCCUAUGGGACUAAGUCAUAACAGGCUGGGAAUUGAUAAUGCUGGAUGGGCUCGCCAAGAAAACACUGUCGUAAUGCCCGAUGCCACUGAAAUGGCAGGUGUUGAUAUGCGACUUGAGCCUGCAGCUUAUCGUGAGCUGCACUGGCAUGUUGCCUCUGAGUGGUCAUUGAUUCUCAACGGCUCGUGCCGAAUUCAGGCUAUCAACGAGAAUGGAGAGACUUUCAUUGACGAUCUACAAGCGGGUGAUGUCUGGUUCUUCCCUCCUGGUAUUCCUCAUUCUAUCCAAGCACUAGACGAUGGUGUCGAAUUUCUUCUGGUCUUUGACCAAGGUGAUUUCAGCGAGGACAAUACUUUCCUUGCCACAGAGGUCUUUCUUCAUAGUCCGAAAGAGGUUUUGGCAAAGAACCUCGGAGUCUCCGUCUCAGCAUUUGACGAUAUCCCGGACGAUGAACUCUACAUUUUCAAGGGAACUCCCGCCCCCAAAGAUAUCGAAGAGCAAAAUGUCACUACAUCAGCUGGUCUUGUCCCUCGCUCAGAAAGCUAUUCCUACCAUUUCUCGGAACAACCUGCUCAUGAAGUUGCUGGUGGGUCCGUCAAGAUCGUGGAUCCGCUCACUUUCCCCGCCGCUAGCAACUUCUCUGCUGCUGUUGUCACGGUUAAUCCAGGUGGCAUGCGCGAGAUUCACUGGCAUCCGACCAGCGAUGAGUGGACCUUUUUCAUCAAGGGUCAGGGUCGCGCAACGCUGUUUACUGCUCCAAAUGCUGCGACAACAUUUGACUAUCGUGCUGGUGAUGUUGGGUACUUCCCCAAGUCGAACAGUCACUAUAUUGAGAAUACUGGUGACGAAGAGUUGAUGUUCCUUGAAGUACUACAAGCGCCUCAAUUUACAGAUAUGGCUCUUGGCCAGUGGAUUGCAUCUACUCCCAAGCAGAUCGUUAAGGAUACCUUGAACCUUAGCGACAGUACUCUCAGUCAACUGAAGACCGAGAAACAGUACGUCGUCGCAGGUACCACUGGUAAUUAG